AUGGUGAAUUUAUUCGUGCGCACGACGAUUAUCCUUGGAUUAGUAGCAUUCCCACAGUCAAGUGCUGCGAACGCUGGGGAGAGCCUGGCUGGCAUCGCCGCCCGCAUUAAUAGAGCCAAUAAUGUGAACUCCGCACGCGGUCCGUCGACGCCACCGACGCCGCCGUCGACGGUGGGUCCGCUGGCCGAGCUGGCGGAAGACAAGCGGGACGCCGACAGCGAGCGCUUCGAUGCACUCUCGCUCGAGGAUCAGGUGCGGCUGCUGUCGAAGCAGCUCAAUGCACUCACGUACCAGCGGCGCGAGGACUACAAGAUGCUCGAGAACAGCCUCAAGAAGUACGUGCGGAAAAACGCGGCCGAAAUCACCGACGCCCAGAUCCGGGAGGAGCUCGACCAGCUGAGAGAGGACGUCAACCUCCUGCGCGACAGCAGCUCACCGAGCAAGGAGCGUCUCACCGUGCAGUGGCUAUCGCAAUCGAUAUCGGAGAUCCGCUCGGAGUUGGCCGAACUGCAGGGUUCGUUCGGGGACGGCUCGAAGGAUGCGCAGUUCCGCAACCAGCUGCUCGAGGACCUCAGCACGCUGCGGAACGAGUUCGGCACGGCGAAGCUGGAGCUCGAGUCGCUUCGCUCGCGCCAGGAGAAAACGGAAGUGCUCGUGCGGGAGCUGCAGGAGGAAGCGGUCCAGAGUGCCGAUGACAUCAGACGCAGUCUCAAUCUGCAGCACGGAAAGGAUGGCUCCGGGGCGCAGCAUAAACAACACGAGCAGCACGAGCAGCAGUCGAUUCUGCCGCACACGAUCGAUUUCGUCGAGCCGGAAGCGGACCAUCGGAUGCGGCAUCAGCGCUUCGUCCGCGAGCAGCUGCACGAGCUGGAGGUGAAGCAGAGCGUCCUGAAGCGCCAGCUGAGCGAGCUGCACGGGCACCGGCUAGCGGACCGGUUGCGGGCGGUCGAGAUCGAGCAGCGGCGGCUGGCCGGCGCCAGCUUCAACGUGAGCCGCCAGGUGGCGGGCCUGGACAAGCUGCACGGCUCGAUGCUCGAGCUGCUCGAGGACGUCGAGGCGAUCCAGGGCAAGUUCGAGAAGACGGUGCCGGACAUGCGGCGCGAGAUAGCGAAGGUCGAGUUCGGGGUGGCGCAGGCCGCCUCCGAGCAGGGACUGGUGCGCGAGGAGGUGCACAACGCGGCCAAGAGCAUCCAGGCGGUGGCGGUCAGCGUGAGCGCGCUGCAGGAGGAGCGGGACACCGUCAAGCGGCUGCAGGCGGACGUGCACGAGCUGCAGGGUGAGGUGAGCCGGCUUCGCUCGGCCGCCCUGCUGCACCGCGAGCUGGCGCACAAUCGGCUCGAGAAGCUCGAAGCGGACUCCAAGACCGAGUACAGCAACGGCACCGGGCACCGGCUGACCGAGCUGGAGCGGACGACCAAGCUGGUCCAGCAGCUGGAAUCCGUCGAGACCGAGUACGAGAGCAUCAUCAACAAACUGCCCCGGGACUGCAGCCAGAUCGAGCGCCUGCGGACGGCGGGCGCGGCGGAGCAGCCGGGCGACGGGGGCCUCUACCUGAUAGCGCCCGCCGAGCAGCACCACCCGCUGAUGACGCAGUGCUUCGGCGAGUGGACCACGGUGCAGCGCCGGCAGGACGGCACGGUCGACUUCAACCGGUCGUGGGAGGAGUACGCCCAGGGCUUCGGUACGCCGGCCGGCGAGUUCUGGAUCGGCAACCAGGCGCUGCACCACCUGACGCACGACAACUGCUCCCGGCUGCGCAUCGUCAUGCAGGACAUCUACGACAACACCUGGCACGCGGACUACGCCACCUUCCGGAUCGACUCGCGGGACGCCGGCUUCCGGCUCGAGCUCGCCGGCUACAGCGGCAACGCGUCCGACGCGUUCGAGUACCAGAACCACAUGCAGUUCUCGGCGAUCGACGUCGACCGGGACAUCUCCAACACGCACUGCGCCGGCAACUACGAGGGUGGCUGGUGGUUCUCGCACUGCCAGCACGCCAACCUCAAUGGCCGCUACAACCUCGGCCUCACCUGGUUCGAUGCGGCCCGCAACGAGUGGAUCGCGGUCAAGUCGAGCCACAUGAUGAUUGCCCGACGUCCGGACUGCGACCUCACCGACGCCACCGAGCUCCCGCCGGCUCCCGUCACGAGCGGGCUCCCGGUGGUGGGAACUUCGGGGAGUCCUCCACGGCAAGGAGGUCCUACCACACCGUCACCCUCGUUUGUCUAA